AUACUGCGGUGAUAAACAAUCACAGUGAGAAUUCAAGGCGCAGAACGAAAGUGACAACGAUUCCUGAUGUAAUUCGAUGCUUCAGAAUUUGGCAAGUGAUUUACAAAAUACGAAGUUUAGCAUAAACCGACUUAUAUUAAUAUUGGAGCAUGUCAUUCGUGAAAGAUUAAGAAUCUUCGUCACGUUCUUGUACCAUUUGGUAAGGUGCAAUUUUUCCCGCAAGUGCAUUAAUCAGUACCAAUCAGUACAGAUGAGCAUAUGCACGUUGUAGAAGACGUUGGUAAGAACGUACCGGGUGUUUAGAUGAAGGUAAUACAACGCAACAACACAGCAAGUAAGCUAAGCAAGUGAGGAAUUGGAUAGCCAAAGCGUCUCCGAAAUCAGCUGAUUUCAAUCAAUGAAAAAGCAGUGUUCGCCUGAUGCUCUACCGUGAUUGUAGUGAAUCUGCAAAAAGAAAAACAAUGUGAAGCUGGAGUACCGUUAAAUCUGAGUCGUCAAUCGUCGUAUUAUGUUGAGUGCGACUCUGUUGGAGGGGACACGUGUCGAGGGAACGAUAUUUUAUAAUACGAAUGCUCCCUCGUGCUCCUUACCAAAAUAACCGAGCCAACGUUAAACGCAUGUGGACAAAUAUUCGAGAGACACCAGGACAAAACAUUCCCAUGAAUUUCUUAGAGUAAUCGCUGGCAACGAGGCUGUAAAAUGUCUUGGCUGGGAUGUUUUCCAUGGUCUGAAGGAAUAAAGAAGAGAGCAUGCAGAUACCUUUUGCAACGGUACCUUGGACAGUUCCUUGAGGAGAAAUUGACCCUCGAUCAGUUGACUGUAGAUCUUUACAAUGGGACUGGUCGUGUUACCGAUGUCAGUCUGGAUGUACAGGCACUUAAUGAAAUGGGAGAGCAGCAACAUCUUCCAGUGGAAUUUGUUGAUGGAUUUGUGGCAGAGAUGUCUGUCAGCAUACCUUGGUCUGCAUUGCUCAGUGAGGCAAGCUAUGUAGAAGUUAAAGGAUUGAGAUUGACAGUUCAACCAAGACAAAGAACUGAUACAGCAACGUCAAUGUUCGAGUCUAUGUGGAGUUCCAUGACAUCAAGUAUGCAGCUUGCACAGGAAUGUUUACAGCAGGAUGCAAAUAAUGCUGAUAAUGCACAGCCUCUGGAGGGUCUUGAAUUGUUUGCCCAAACAAUAGAUUCUAUACUGUGCAGAGUCAAAGUACGAUUCCUAGAUAUGGUAAUACGAAUAGAACACGUUCCUCUGGACUCAAUGACAGGAGUUGCAAUACAAUUGAGUAUAAAGAAUUUAGAAUAUUCAGAUGAAGCAGGUUCAGACCCAGGUAGUUCUACCUUAGACCCCAAUCAAGGGGCCAAGGGAUAUGUGGUGUCUGCGUUCACUAUAAAAAGAUUCUACUUGGAAGGAGUUACUAUAUGCACAGAUGAAUUUCCAUCAAGAGCCAGAACAUUUUCUAGAAGCGUUAUGACAAUGAGCAGAGGAUCUACACCCGACUCUAAGAACUCCGACAGUCAGUUUUCAUCUGCACAAAUAUCUCCUAUCCAAAACAUGCAAACUCCACCAGAAGGAAGCAUCAUAAACAAUCUUAGCGAAUCGAAUCCUAUAAUGUUUGCAAAAUUAGCAGGACGACAAGAAGUGCGCUUGAAAGUGAAACAAGGUGAAGGUGUAUUAGGACCAAAGGUGGACUUAGAAAUAACCUUGGGCUCAUUCACGUCGUUUUUAAGUCCUAGACAAUUGCACGUUCUUCUAGAAUUAGGUCACGGUCUCGCUUCUCCAGAUAUGGAAGACACGAGCAAUGUUGCGCCAAGAACUUGCACAGAAAAACCUAUGGCUGAUAGUGACUUCAAUAGAGUUGAACGUGAACUCUUACAUCAGAUACAUCCUACUCAAGGACUGCGAACGAUGGAUCUGCGACAUACUCAAGGCUGGUCCACUGCAUCUUUGGAUGAAUCAGAUAACGAAGAUGAAUUUUUACCAAUGCGUACACCAGGAGCCGGUUCUAUGAUAGAUUCAAUGUCCAGCAAUAAUAUCAGUAUGGAAGGAAGUAUAUCAGCAAGUAGCGUCAGUUCCAAAAGUUCAGUAACAAACGUACCAAGACAACAGAAAUAUCGAACAAACGUGGAUGCUGAUCCCACUGCUGAAACAUCACAGUUUCAUAUAAGAGUAUCUUCAAUAGCCAUAGUACUUUUACAUGAAGAUAUAUUGACUGCGUGCAUAGAAGGAUUAAGCCUUACACGAGCCAGUACGGAGCAUAUGAAACACGCAGCGGAAGAAUUUUUCAAAAAGCUUGGCGUAUUCGCCGCUGCUGGUUAUGGAAAUAAGGAUUUUGAGAGAGCUUCCAAAUUAUUUAUCGAUGCUUGUCAACUGAGUCACAUCAGAUUGUUGGCAGCACCAUUAGUGAUGGAAGGAAGUGAAAAAACUACUGUUCAAGCAUCUGCUAUAUCCGGAAGCCUAACUUUAGCAAGUGUAGAGCUUGUUGAAUGUCUGAUUGACUCAAAUGGCACGAACGCCAACGGAAGCACUUCUGUUGAAUACAUAGAAUUACUUGGAUUUCCCAAGGACAACGCAUCCAACUUUGGUUUUACAAAUAAGACAGAUUUUAGAAUGCGAUUCAAAUAUACAGAGAAGGCCGUGCGUCACGCUCAGGUGACAAAAUUUGCACAUCCGCGCACAGAAAUUGACAUCCAUAUGGAGCCGUUUAACAGCGAAAUCGAUAUUACCAUUGUAGACAGAAUAUCUGCUGUUUUUAAUCCACAACCAAUAUGCAGUUGCAAUCCGGUUACCAACGCACGAGAAGCUAUCAAUCAACAAGCACUAUUUUAUCAAGCUGUCGAGAGUCCCUCACUGCCAGAUUCUAGGAUUGACAUCAAGGUAUCUGCACCACGUUGCAUCAUAAAAGUAAGAUUUCCUGUACCGGACUUGAGACCAUUUCACGACAUGAGUCGGGCACCUUGGUGGAAGAGAUCAGUCCGACCGGACUACGUAACCCUGAUGCUAACCGAUGCACAAAUUCACACCUCGAUGGAGAGUCGCUCGCACUGUCUAGCAAGACAUGAAAUUCAAUGUCGUGACCUCCUGCUGUCUUAUACGGAAGCUGAUUCGGAUAUUCCAGUAACGAUCGGGAAGGCAUCCGCGGAUGAGAAGACCGACGGGUCUUUGCCACAGGCUGGUGAAGGAUUUGGUUGGCCGAGAAUAGUCGUCACGGUUUAUCCGAAACACAUGGGUGGACCCCUAGAAGACAGUUCCGAAGGUGAACCUGAAUCUAGUCUGGACGACACCCUGGAGAAAACUCCCAGACAUCAGCCAUCGCCGUUCAGUUCAAAACGAGUUGUACAUGAAUCGGAUACACCUCAUUCCAAGCCUCAUGGUCAGGGUGAUAAAGAUGGCACGGAACACAGGGAGGGCGAGGAACUGAUAAUUCCGGGUAAUCGACAAGAAAUGAUGGAAUUUAUAGAAGAGGGUACUCGCGGUGCGAGGAUUCAAUUAGAAAUUGGUCUGCCAUGUGUCUCUGUCCAGAUUCCCUCUAAGCAUCUCUAUGAACAACUUUAUAACAGAUUUAGUACCGAUCUCUUCCUCUGGGAACCAUCGGCCCCACGUCCCAAAUCCAUGGCUCAUUCAGAAAGUCAUGUAGGACUGGAUCUGGCAUCGACUGUCUUACAGGAGUCAGUUUAUCCCAGGUUCAGUAUGUGUAAAAGUGGAAUCCAAUAUGAUUCUGAUUCGGAUUCCGAUGAGGAAGGUAUAUUUCAAUCGGUAGUUGACAGAACUUAUAAGCAACGGCAAAAUAAAGUUCCAAAAAGUGGACAGAGCACUGUAGCCCUCACGCUGAAUAUAAGCCAAGGUCUUUUGAGUCUCUAUACACCUGUCAGGGAUUCCUUGAGUAACGUUAUUCCUGGACAACAAGGGGAGAUAAUCCUGAGACUGGAAGACGCCACAAUAUUCUCUGUCAGCGCGUACAAAGGGAAUGCCAAUCUCGGUUACGUCUGCGCUAUGCUGAAAAAUGCUUCCCUUAACCACUGCGGUCUGACGACGACACCGUCCCAGACGCCACCCUUGAGAUCUAUAAACAGUGUCACGCCUAAGUAUUGUCAACGAACGAUAUAUCGUAGUGAAAGUGGCGCCAAUAUCGUGCCAAAUUCGACAGAAAAAGAUAUGCUAACGGUAGCAGUGCGAAUACAGGCUGCACAUCAGACACAUCGCAUAAAGACUUUCAGGGUAGCCGUGGGUAUAAGAAACGCUACUCUGAGACACAGGAUGUGCGCCUCUCAAGCAUCCUGGUUCACGCAACUUACUGAUUGCUUUGAAGUUUCCGAUCAUCCUGUGGCUGGAUACUCACCUCCAGGAGUCCUGACCGAGUUACAUCUUCACCUCUGGGACUGUGCAGUUGAUUACAGGCCGGUUCAUCUUCCGCUGAGGUCCAUGGUGACUCUUGGGAACUUUAGUGUUUCCAGUAACAUUGCUGCUCAAACAAAUACUUCUACUCUGCGCUUCAUAGCAGAAGACGUGGCUCUCUUUAUUUCGGAUAAAAUAGGAAAUUACGUAAACCUACGGAACAACUACGUAUGCGUAAUCGACUUAGGACUUUUUGAAUUGUCGCUUAGAUUAAAUGAUAAGAUGUGCGGUGGAGCACCGAGGGUUGAUCUCAGGGCGAGCAACAACGUCUUGAAUGUUAGGACCUGUUCGGAUUCCGGUCGUGCUUUGACUCAGUUACUCACGUAUUUCGCAAGCGACGGCGACCUGGUUUCUAAUACAGGAAGUACCGAGAGUAUCGCCAUUCCGAGUUCAGGCGAUGAGGAAAGUCUACUGGGUGAGGAAAGUGUUAAUACCCUGAGCAAGAGUCAGGUGGACCGUGUUAACAGUUUGAUGGAGGAAGCGAUGGAGGAUACUGUGAAAGGAACUGUAGUCAAUACCGGUGGAAAGUCUCCAGAGGCUGAGAAUCAGGUCGAAGUCUUCUUCUUCCCGGACGAGUCUCAUCCAGCUACUCAGAAUAUAUCUGAGAUGCGAAAGAAUCCAAAGUCGCGUUCAAUACCAGUUCUUAACCUCGACUCCGAUGAUGCUGACGAGGACUUCUGCAUCCUUGGCGAGGAGGCUGGUGCAGGGAUUAUGCCUAGGCAUGGUGUUCCUGAAGUUAGGUGGCUCUGCCAAGAAUCUUUACGAAUAGUUGAUAAUCACUUUACGGUUCCAUUGGGAAAGACAGAUUUACUCAAAGCACCUAGACACUUUCCGCCAGCCAUAUUAAGGUAUACCCUAUGCGAAAUGACUCUAGUGUGGCAUAUGUACGGUGGAAAGGACUUUGGAAGUCCACAGUCAGCAACUAAGAAACACGUUACCAUAGAUGACAGCGGACAACGUUAUAAUACGGGUAUGCAAGGAAGAAGUCGUUCAGCCAUUGGUGACGUAGGUUUCAGUAAAUCAGCUCCAAACGAGGUGCGCUUUGGUAGCGUACCAAAUUCGCCUAGGGCAAAGACCAGAGAGUCUUCAACCGACUGGCAGGUCUUGGGUGGUCCAGGACGUCAGCAGGAUGUCCUGAUGGAGUUCCAAUUAAAUAAGGUUCGGUUCCAGCACGAGGUCUAUCCAGAAAACACGAUAGAAGCGUCGCGACAAGUUUUACUCGUGAGCGAGAUCGAGAUCAGAGAUCGUUUGGCGUCUUCCCACUUGAAUAAGUUUCUCUACCAGUACAGCAGCGAGGCCAGGCCUAGGCAGUCUCAUGCUAAUAUGUUCUCAAUGAAAGCUGUACACAUGAGACCUGAUCCGAAAUUGGCUGCGCAAGAGUGCUGCCUUAAAUUGAGUGUCCUGCCGCUCCGUCUCAAUAUAGAUCAAGACAGUCUGCUGUUCUUGAUAAACUUUUUUACUGAACUGGGCGGUGGAUCAAAACAGAAUCAAGACUCGACGAGCACGUCUAGCAGUACUCAAUCGUCGCCUGGCUCAAAACAUGGAACACCUACGCAUCAUCCGCCAGUAAUGAGCGUAAACGAUGCCUCGACAGCGCCUAAUGCACAAACCCCGAUGGAUGCAUCUCAAACAAGUGCUGUGGACCAAAACUUAUUGAUACUACUAGAAGACGAACUUACGAUUAAGGAAAGCAAGACGAAAGCUAAGUCAAUAAGCGAGGUACAGGAUGAUAGCCAACCGAUAUACUUCAGAAGCGUUAUAUUCGCUCCGGAGGUCCUUAUCAGGUUGGAUUAUCAUGGUAAACGCGUGGAUCUUACUCACGGGCCGCUGGCGGGUCUGCUUAUGGGUUUGGCGCAGCUAAAUUGUUCUGAAUUAAGACUGAAAAGAUUAACGCAUCGCCAUGGAUUAUUGGGAUUCGAUAAACUUGUUAGCUUUAUGUUGACGGAAUGGUUACAGGACAUAAAGAAAAAUCAAUUGCCAAGUUUACUAGGGGGCGUGGGUCCCAUGCACUCUCUGGUACAAUUAUUCCAAGGAAUCCGUGAUCUGUUCUGGUUACCCAUAGAGCAGUAUCAAAAGGACGGUAGGAUUGUGCGUGGUCUUCAACGCGGUGCUAAUAGCUUCACAACUUCCACGGCAAUGGCGGCAUUAGAAUUAACGUCAAGGCUGGUCCAUGCCAUCCAGAGUACUGCUGAAACGGCAUACGACAUGGUCAGUCCAGGACCUAGUGUAAAACAUAAUAAGAAUAAAGGUCAGAAAGGUCGUCGAAAGCGUUACAGCCAACCUCUGGAUAUUCGAGAGGGAAUGGCCAAUGCUUAUAUGCUGGUGAAAGAGGGAUUGGGCGAGACGGCGAACCAGCUGGUACGCGUUGCGAGCGAGGAACACGAGCAGAAGGGCGUCUCCGGAGCCGUGGGAGGUGUACUGAGACAAAUACCUCCAACGGUCGUAAAACCCAUCAUUCUUGCGACAGAAGCUACCAAUAACGUCUUAGGUGGUAUGAGGUCUCAGUUGGUACCAGAUGCCAGACACGAAGCAGCCCAAAAAUGGAGGCAGGACCCUCAAGAUGCGAAGUAAAGCCACGAAUGAUUUCAAGGAUGAAUUCAAAGACGCGUUCGAGCAUCUCCUGGAAGCGAUAUUCGCGCCAGGAUGAUUAUUAGAAGUGAAUCGACGCACGUGCUAUGAUACAAGGAAGAAAGAAAGAAAAAGGAUUCUAGAGUGAUUGAAAUAUGCGAAGACAUCUGUUGGAUAGUUGCGUGAAUGUUAUAAUGUGAAAAAUUGAUAAGAGGAUGAUAUAAAAAAUGGUACUAUCCUUCGGAGAAGAGGGAGGGGAGGCUCUUUUUUUCGAUAACUUAUUGAAGCUACGGUUAAACGAAAUUCAAAAUUCACAUAGCAAGAAAGAAUUCUUUGUUCCGCUGAUUUUGUUGUACUAUAUAAAGUAAAGGCAAUUUAUUAUAUUUAUAGAUUAUAAAUGAAAUAUAUAUAUAUAUAUAUUUCAUGCAAAGUAACAUUCGCUGCUUGUAUGUAUUUUUGUUCUUCUAACGACGUGUAUGUUUUGUACCAAUGAUGUGUAUCGGAAAACUUUUAUUAAUAAAAAGAAUGCAAUGCCCAA